AUGUCUCUCCAGUUUUCUCCGCAGGCACCAUGGAGGAACAACAACAACAGUUUUCAGAACAAAGAGACUCCUGUAACAGAACAAGGAGAGACUAUUAUAGGUUUCUACCUACUGUCUCUAGGUUGGCUAUCUUGGUUUGGAAACAGCAUUGUGAUUUUUGUCCUGUAUAAACAAAGAGCUCUUCUGCAGCCCACAGACUACCUCACAUUUAACUUGGCAGUAUCAGAUGCCAGUAUCUCUGUGUUCGGUUAUUCGCGAGGGAUCAUUGAAAUCUUCAACGUCUUUAGAGAUGACGGAUUCAUUAUCACAUCAAUAUGGACUUGCCAGAUUGAUGGGUUCCUGACACUCCUCUUUGGCCUGGCUAGCAUUAAUACCCUUACAGUAAUCAGCGUGACUCGCUACAUAAAAGGCUGCCAUCCUGAGAGAGGUCAUUGUAUCAGCAACAGCAGCAUGACAGUAGCUCUGGUUCUCAUUUGGAUAGCAGCUUUCUUCUGGUCAGUAGCUCCAUUACUCGGCUGGGGCAGUUAUACAGAUCGCAUGUACGGAACGUGUGAGAUAGACUGGGCAAAAGCCAACUUCUCUACAAUCUACAAAUCCUACAUUGUCUCCAUUUUUAUCUGCUGUUUUUUCCUACCUGUAAUUGUCAUGAUUUUCUCAUAUGUGUCAAUUAUCAAUACUGUCAAAUUAAGCCACGUGCUAACAGGCCUGGGCGACCCAACAGAUAGACAGAGGAGGAUGGAGCGAGAUGUCACAAGGGUUUCUAUUGUCAUUUGCACAGCCUUCAUUAUUGCAUGGUCACCAUACGCUGUCAUCUCUAUAUGGUCGGCCUGUGGUCACCCUGUGCCCAGUCUUACCAGUAUCCUUGCCAGCUUAUUUGCUAAAUCUGCCAGCUUCUACAAUCCUAUUAUCUACUUUGGAAUGAGCUCCAAGUUUCGGAGGGACAUUUUCAUCUUGUUCCAUUGUGCCAAAGAAGUCAAGGACCCAGUGAAGCUCAAACGUUUCAAAAACCUCAAGCAAAAACAGGAGCCUUCUCAGAAAGAACAGAAGUAUGCAGAUGUGCAUCCUGCAUCAAGCCCUGAUUCUGGGGUUGGAAGUCCAACCAACACCCCACCUCCAGUGAACAGGGAAGUGUAUUUUGGCAUCUUUGAUACACCAUCUAAUAACCCUGAUAUUGAAUGCGAUAGACUGUAA